UGAUCAUUUUUGUCAUUACGCCGUUGAUGGUUAAUUUAGACACGACUGCAUGAUGGAUAUGGCACACACACCCAUGGCAAUUUCUUAACAUAUACCCAUCAUUUCCAUUAUACAGCCAUUACAUACCUGAUACAUUUGAUUUGAGAUCGAGUAGAAUCAAUAACAUGGAGAAAUCAUCACCGGAAAAGCUUAUACUGGUUACUCACGAACCCGGCGGGGUUGCGUGUAUCACAAUCAACCGACCAAACUCCCUGAAUUCUCUCACUAAGUCAAUGAUGACCGAUCUUGCUCGAAUUUUCAAGUCUCUGGACGCAGAUGAUUCGGUUCGGGUCAUUAUACUCACCGGAUCGGGUCGAUCGUUCUGCUCCGGUAUUGACCUGACGGCGGCGGAGGACGUGUUUAAGGGUGACUUCAGGGAUAUGGAGAUUGAUCCGGUGUUCCAAAUGGAGCGAUGUAGGAAGCCAAUUAUUGGGGCUGUUGCUGGAUUUGCUGUUACUGGUGGUUUUGAGAUUUCUCUCGCUUGUGAUAUCUUGGUUGCCUCCAAAGAUGCUAAAUUUUUGGAUACUCAUGCUAGGUUUGGGAUAUUUCCUUCUUGGGGUCUAUCACAGAAACUAUCUCGCAUUAUUGGACCCAACCGAGCUCGUGAAGUGUCCUUAACUGCAACACCUAUCAACGCAGAACAAGCUGAGAGAUGGGGCUUGGUAAAUUAUGUUGUUGACAGAAAUGAACUUUUGAACAAAGCUAGGCAAAUUGCAGAAGCCAUCAUCAAGAACAACCAAGACUUGGUUUUGAGGUACAAGGCAGUUAUCAAUGAUGGGUUCAAACAUGACUUGACCCGAGCCCUUGCUCUUGAGAAGGAGAGGGCUCACGAGUAUUACGAUGGAAUGGGCAAGGAUUACUUUAAGAAAAUGCAAGAGUUCAUUGCAGGACGGAAUACAAGCAAACCUUCAUCAAAAUUAUAGAUUUAUCAUGUGUAAUUUUUUUUCUGCUUUUGAAAUAAACUAGUCUAACACAGGUUUUAUCAAAAAGUGAAAUGUUGCUCCGAUUAGUCUGAUUUUACACUGCAAUGGUUUAAUAGAACACACAGUUAAAAAUGUUAUUGUAACUUCAGUUGAGUGGUGAUGAUGUUAGCAAGUGACAAUCAUAGUCUACUAUGUUACAUUCCUGUCUUCAUUUUU